UGUCCCGAAAUUUAAAGAAGCGUUUGAAUAGCCUGGACCUGGUACCGUCCUUUUUCUGCUCAUUAGUACAGCCCGUCUCCGCCGGGAGAGAUCUUCAAAUCAAAUCCUUAGUUUUUUUUCUCUCUCUCCAAAACCCUAACAAUUCGAUCUCAAGUAAAACCCCUUAUCUGAAUCUUCCAGAAGUUGUGAAUUUCGGGUAUUUCUGUUUGUAGACAGAAUUUGGUGGAAAUUUUCAACUGCAUUUGCUUGGGCAUUCUCAGAUUUGGGACUUUUGGUUGUGUUUUGUUGGAUUUUCAGAGGAUAGAUAAGGAUUUUGGAUCAAGGGAUCGGAAUCGAGUUUUGAUUCAGCUUCUAUGGCGUCUCCUGUACCGUCCGGGGUACCAAGACCCGGCGGCAACCCUGUUCCUCCGCCACCUAAUUACAAUAUGCAGAGAACUUCUGCUGAUUCUGUAGCUGCUGGCAUGCAGAAUAUGCAAAUCAAUCGCCAAUCUUCAAUGCCCAAUCAACCUGUUCCUCGGCCAACACCCUUUGCUCCUCCGCCAUUCGCGGCUACUUCUACCUCUUCUGCCCCUCCGGCUCUAUAUCCUGGUUCUGCACCUGUUUCACGCUCGGGUCCUCCUCCUGUUGGCUUUCCAAGAACAGGUCCUCCUUCAACUGGUCCUCCAUAUGCUGCUUCUGUGACGCCUUCAGGCCCUCCAGCUCUCGCCUCGAGGCCACCACCACCUACUGCCUUAACAUCUUCGCCAUUGAUGGCUGGCCCAGUUGUGCCAUCUUCGACUGCACCGACUGUACAGGGUCCAAUGAGCAAUGGGCAGCCGGCAUUUGCAUCAGGUCCUCAACGUUUCCCUCCCAGUGGUAGUGCUCAGCAGCCACCAGUUGGGCCUCCGUCAGGUGGGUUGUCGGACAGAGUGCCACAAGCUCCUCCUAGCAUUCGUCCUUUCCCUGCGAGUUAUGCAGGGAGUGCUUCACAUGGGCCACCCUCCCAACUGGUGCCACCACCGCCAAAGCCUUAUCCGACUGCUUCCCAGCCACUGCAACCGUUUUCAGCUGGUCAAGGCAUGCCACCACCGCCAACGCAUUAUCCGACUGCUUCCCAGCCACUGCGCUCGUUUUCAGCUGGUCAAGGCAUGCCACCACCGCCAACGCAUUAUCCGACUGCUUCCCAGCCACUGCGAUCGUUUUCAGCUGCUCAAGGCAUGCCACCACCGCCAACGCAUUAUCCGACUGCUUCCCAGCCAUUGCAAUCGUUUUCAGCUGCUCAAGGCAUGCCACCACCGCCAAUGCAUUAUCCGACUGCUUCCCAGCCACUGCGAUCGUUUUCAGCUGCUCAAGGCAUGCCACCACCGCCAACGCAUUAUCCGACUGCUUCCCAGCCAUUGCAAUCGUUUUCAGCUGCUCAAGGAAUGCCAACACCACCUAUGGAGUCUCCAUAUGGGGCUCAGACAUGGGCGAUGCAACAACGGCAGGUUACUCCAGGUCCUGGUACUCAACCACCAAGAAUGUUUGGAGUGGCCCCACCACCUCCACCAAAUCAUCCUAUGACCUCUAUGCCUCCUGCUACUUCUCAUCUCCCAGUAGCUGGAGCCCCUGCAGCUGGGCCAUCGAAAAUUGAUCCCAAUCAAAUCCCUCGUCCUGUCCCAGGUUCCUCAGUGAUAAUUUUCGAAACUCGACAGGGCAAUCAGGCCAGCGUUCCUCCGCCUGCUACCAGUAAUUACAUUGUCAAAGACACUGGGAACUGUAGUCCACGUUUCAUGAGGUGUACGAUUAAUCAGAUUCCAUGCACUAGUGAUCUUUUGAUGACAUCAGGCAUGCAGCUGGCUUUGAUGGUUCAACCUUUGGCCCUUCCUCAUCAGUCUGAAGAUCCCAUUCAAGUUGUUGAUUUUGGGGACAGUGGACCUGUUCGAUGUUCUCGUUGCAAAGGGUACAUAAAUCCUUUCAUGAAAUUCAUUGACCAAGGAAGGCAUUUCAUAUGCAACUUAUGUGGAUUUACUGAUGAGACUCCUCGUGAGUACCAUUGUAAUUUGGGGCCAGAUGGUAGGCGUAGAGAUGCUGAUGAAAGGCCCGAGUUAUGUAGGGGAACUGUCGAAUUUGUAGCACCAAAGGAAUACAUGGUUCGUGAUCCAAUGCCUGCAGUAUUUUUCUUCCUCAUUGAUGUAUCCAUGAAUGCUAUACAGACUGGUGGAACUGCAGCUGCAUGCAGUGCAAUCAACCAAGUUAUUGGAGACCUUCCUGAAGGCCCUAGGACGUUCGUGGGUAUUGCAACAUUUGACUCCACAAUUCAUUUUUACAAUUUGAAGCGUGUCUUACAGCAGCCUUUGAUGCUCAUUGUUCCUGAUGUCCAAGAUGUUUACACUCCCCUCCAAACUGAUGUCAUUGUUCAACUGUCUGAGUGCCGUCAACAUCUGGAGCAAUUGCUGGAAAACAUUCCAACCAUGUUUCAUAGUAACAAAGUUGCUGAUUCAGCAUUUGGUGCAGCAAUCAAGGCUGCUUUCCUGGCGAUGAAGUCAACUGGAGGGAAACUUCUUGUAUUUCAGUCAGUGCUGCCGUCUAUUGGCGUCGGAGCUCUUUCUGCUAGGGAAGCUGAAGGAAGAGUUAAUGUCUCUGCUGGAGAGAAGGAGGCCCAUAAAUUGCUCCAACCAGCUGACAAGACUCUGAAGACAAUGGCUAUAGAAUUUGCCGAGUAUCAAGUUUGCGUUGAUGUCUUCAUUACCACCCAGAGUUAUGUAGAUAUUGCUUCUAUCUCCGUUGUCCCGAAAAAUACUGGAGGACAGGUAUAUUAUUACUAUCCUUUUUCAGUCCUUUGUGAUUCUGCCAAGCUUUACAAUGAUCUUAGAUGGAACGUCACAAGACCUCAAGGUUUUGAGGCAGUGAUGCGUGUAAGAUGUAGCCAGGGUCUCCAAGUUCAGGACUACUCUGGAAACUAUUGUAAACGUAUUCCCACCGAUGUGGAUCUUCCUGGGAUUGACUGUGACAAAACUAUUAUGGUCACCUUAAAGCAUGAUGAUAAAUUCCAGGAUGGGGCUGAGUGUGGUUUUCAGUGUGCCCUUCUCUACACAACUAUGUAUGGCCAAAGAAGAAUCCGAGUUACUACUUUAUCACUUCCAUGCACAACAGUGCUCAGUAAUCUGUUCCGGUCUGCUGAUUUGGAUACUCAGUUUGCCUGUUUCUUGAAGCAAGCGGCAAGUGAAACACCUAUUAGCUCAAUUCCACAAAUACGAGAACAGAUGACAAACUUCUGCAUAAACAUUCUGUACUCAUAUCGUAAGUAUUGUGCUACGGUAUCAUCAUCAGGACAACUGAUUCUUCCUGAGGCACUUAAGCUUUUGCCUCUGUAUAUCCUCGCAUUGGUUAAAAGUAUAGGAUUGCGAACUGAUGGACGAAUAGAUGACCGUUCCUAUUGGAUCAGUCGUGUUUCCACUAUUUCCAUUCCAUUGGUAGUUCCUUUCGUUUAUCCCAGUUUGAUUGCCAUCCAUGACCUUGUUUCAAAGCAGGAGACUGAUGGAUCUCUCAUACCCCCUUCAAAGCCACUUUCAAGUGACAAUAUAACUGAUGAUGGAAUCUUUCUCCUAGAGAAUGGUGAAGAUUGUUUGAUCUAUGUUGGGAACUCAGUUAAUUCAGAUAUCCUGCAGCAAAUAUUUGGAAUUUCCUCUAUUAAUGAAAUUCCCACCCAGUUUGUGCUGCAGCAAUACGACAAUCCGCUAUCAAAGAAACUAAAUGAAGUUGUUAAUGAGAUAAGACGUCAAAGAUGUUCUUACCUCCGCCUAAGAUUGUGCAAGAAAGGAGAUCCUUCAGGGAUGCUGUUCUUCUCAUAUAUGGUGGAAGAUAAGACACCGAGUGGGCUGUCUUAUGUUGAGUUCCUUGUACAUACCCAUCGGCAAAUCCAAACUAAAAUGGUGUAAACCAGCAGUUUUGUUGACUUCUUCCUCAAUACUUAAAAUGGAGACAAAGCAGAAAGGAAAGCAUUAGAUUCAUGCUUAUGAAUGGCUCUCAGAGCAGCAGCCCUUUCAUUCCUCCCGAUGGCGUGUGCAGUUGAAUUGCCAUUGGAGUUUUGCACUAGAUUCAUCUAAUAUAUUGGACACAUAAGUAGUAAUAAAUAUUCAAUGUAGCUUUUGCUAUAAUUUAUCUUUGCCCAUGGUUUUUUGUGUCUUCGCUUCUUCUCCCCCCCACCCAAAAAAAAAUAAUUCCUCCUGUACAACGUAAGAACUGUAAGAUAAAGGCUGAAAUGUGUGUUGGUCAGUUGUUCUUUUCUCAUUUUAUUACAUGAUUCCAACCAUGUCUUAUAAUUCCAUAUUAUUAUUCAGAAAUCCCCUUUAUAUUUUCUUCU